AUGUCCGACAGUCAGACGACUGUCACAGCGAAUCCGACCAUCAGGGUCAUCGGUGCUGGUCUUGGGAGGACGGGGACAACUUCGCUCAAGCAGGCACUGGAGAUGCUUGGAUUUGGGCCCUGCCACCAUAUGUCUGUUAUACCGGGCAAGCCGGCCAUGGUUCAGACCUUAGUUGAUGCAUAUCAUGGCAAUUCCGUCGACUUUAAGACCCUCCUAGCAGGUUACGUUUCUAUCCUUGACAACCCGGGAUGUGACUUUGUGCCUCAGCUCAUGUCCGCCUUCCCCGAAGCUAAGAUCAUCCUCACUGUACGCGACAGCCCUGAGGUAUGGUGGAGGAGCGUACAAGAUACGGUGCUCAAGUCAAUGAUACCAACGACCCGGUAUCUCGCGCUAUUCUUCAGCCCAAGCCUGUUCAACUUCAUGCGCGUACCACGCGAAGUACGCUUGGGGUGGUUGAAGACAUACGGCGAGCUUGGCCCCGUGAUAUAUGUCAAACAUAACGCGAAAAUGCUCGAGAUCAUACCGAAGGAGAAGCUGCUUGUAUACAAUGUCAAAGAGGGGUGGGAGCCGUUUUUCAAGAAGAUAAUCCGCACAGUGCAGCUCAUUGGCAUCACCACCUGGACGAUCGAACUAGGCCUAGUUGGCUUAAUUGUUUGGCAGAUAGUCAAACGAAGGCUCUGGGAAGCGUUCACCUGGCGAGGUAUGUUCCCAUCCUGGAGAUAA